UCUACAUGACUUGAUCAAAAUUGGGCCUGGCGGUGGCCGGGGUCUCUUAACGGAAGCGGAGCCGCUGUAAUAAUCCAACCUUUUGUAUUCUCCAUCUUCUUAUUCUGGGUCUGCUUGAUUCCUCUGCAAAUUUUGAACGAAAAUGGCGGUUUUCCCUGGAAAUCUCUCCCUCAGGAUGACACUUCAGCUUCAGAGCAGGGCCCUCUCCAUCGCAUGGGUUAGGAAGAGUGGUGCAAUCCAGUGUUUGGGAAGGAGGGACCUUGGUUCUUCCGUUCCAGUCAGGUACGUUCCCAAAGUGCCUUUGAAAAUGGACAAGGCUGACAAGCAUGAGAAACCUGAAACUCCACCAGCCAAGAGUCCAGAGAUAAGUGAAGCUCGGAGCAUGUCAAAUGCUGAUGUGAUGAGGUCUCGGGUUUAUCGCAAAGGUCAAGGAGAAGCGGUCGCAAAUGGUUUAGUGUGUGCAGAGUUUCGGAGCCCUGUAAACAAGCAGAUGCCAGUAGUCAAUGUUACUGAUGCCACGCCCGGGUUGGGGGAAGAAACCAUUGAGGAUAUCAUUGAGACCAAUGAUGACUUUAUUGAAGGAAUAGAAGCAGAUGCUGACGAGAUUGAAGUUCAUCAAGGGGAUAACAGUAAUGUUGGCAGUGAGCUAAGAGGUGGCAAAUCUAGAAAAGAUGCCGAAGAUUUGGCCUUUAAAUUGCUGGCUACCAGGGCAUAUACAGCAGUGGCAAUGACAAAGAAAUUGCAAGGGAAGAGAUUUCCUCCUGCUAUUGUUGAAGCUGUGGUGAAUGAUUUCAAGAGCAGAGGGUUCAUCAAUGAUGGUCUUUAUGCUGAGACGUAUUCGCGAUCUAGAUGGUCUUCAUCCUGCUGGGGUCCUAGGAGAAUAAAGCAAGAACUGUUCAAGAAGGGAGUCAGCAAAUUUGAUGCUGAGAAAGCUGUAAAACUGGUUUUUGAGGAGUGUGAUUCUAGCACUGAGCAAGAGUCAAGACUCGGUCUGUCAAAGGUGGCACUGGAUCACUUAUUUUCUCAGGCCUCAAAGCAGUGGCUCCGAAGUGGGGGUGUGCCUAUUGAUACGCGGAAAUCAAGGAUUGUCAGGUGGCUUCAGUACCGUGGGUUCAAUUGGGGUGUUAUAAGCGUCAUCCUAAAAAAAUUAGAAUCCCAGGCUUCUUUGGAGAAGAAAUAAAAUGAACCUUCUGGUGCAAUUGUUCCUAAAAGGAUCAGCAUCUGUUUUGGUGGACAUUGAUUUCGCAACUGUCCUCCGCUGCCCUAAAAAUAAUGUUGUUGGCAAUCAUCUUAAAUUUUGGAGGGCGCAAUGCAGUUCACCUACAUGGAUUACUGGUUGUGCAAUGGGACUGCUAAAGGAGUCACUCAAGCUGUUCAUUCUGCCAAUGUUGCAUCACAAAGCCAAGGCUUCCUCUCGUUUCAGUAAAUAACAUAACCGUGCAAACCUCGUUACAGACACAGGUGAUGUUGUCCACUUGGGAAGCUUUAUGGAAUGUUACUAACCAUAUCUGAGUUGUCCACUUGGGAAGUUUAAUGGGAUGUUGCUAACCAUAUCUGAGUGAGUGGGUUUUUUCUCUCCUCAUUUAAUGUUCUGUAUUUUAAGUUCGUCGAUUUGCAGUUGUAGAAAUCACUGUAUCUUUGUUUAUCUUGGACAUUUUGCAAUGUCUACACAAGAUCCCUCUCCAGUGAGCAUGGACUUCUAGUCUUUCUCUUUUUUUUCUCAGGAAACUCAUUCCUGUGUAAAUUUGUGACAUGAGUCCAGAAAAUUCAAUGAACUCGGCUGGCCAAGCCUAAUUUUUGCUCA